CACACAGAGGGCCGAGGUGGUGGUCGUGGUGCGGCCCACCACCAGUUCCCAGCACCUUCCCGCCGAGGGUGGACGCUCCCCCCGCUCCCUCGCUUACCACGCUGGGUGCUACUCCCGCGCCCCAUUUACGCUUGUAUAUUCUCAAAACAUUUUUGUUUAUGCGUCAGUGCUCACUCCCAUGUCCUCUACCAUGAUGACAAGUGAUUCUUGAGAUUAUAUCAGCAACUACAAGGUUAAAUAUUUGACGAUGGAGUGCAACAUUGAGUGAUAGAUGUCGCUCACGAGUUUUUGAACUGGAGAACAGAUGACCAUACUUGUGUACCUGGUGUGUUAAUAGUGAACUAUUGUAGUGUACGGCAAACUCAGGACACGGCUCGGGACGUUAUUCAUUACCGAAGGACACCCACAAGACGUCAACACAAGUUACACCUGUUGUGAUGAUGGUGCAGUAGUAAAGAUGCGGACAAACGACGUGAUGAACCAGACGGCUGCGGCCACAGCAGGCAUGGGCACAAGCCUCCUGGCUCUCGGGGGUGCCAUCACUGCUGCCACUGCUAAAGGAUCAACUUUGGCUGGAGUGUCUCCCUCUCAUGCAUUUGACCUAACGGCAUACACUCAGCUAUUUCAAAUGGCCGCAAAAGUGUUUCCUUAUGAUCCAGCAUCUGUGGCAGCCUCUCUAGCGGCUCUCAGUCCAGCUUCCCAUUUGCCAUUGGCUCUCACAGCACCCCAUGCACUCUCCCUCACUACCAGGAAGACUACUACCAAUGUUGACAAAACCACCAUGACUUCUGCUUGUUCAUUACCCGAUAGUGACAUCAAGAUUGCCUGGCAACCAAGUGAAAAGUCUGAUAUAAAAAUAAAAGUUGAAGAUGGCGAAUCUGCCCUCGACCUAAGAACUCAAGGCUUAAAGUCUCUCUAUUCAUCAUUCAGCCGAGCAACAUUGGAUGACAUUAAACCAAAGGUGGUUGACGACAUCUGGAUUGAAAAUGACUUACGACUAUCAUGGACAGAUUCCAGAAUAGCCGCAUACAACCCAGCACAGAAACUCUUCAUGUGUGUCGAUUGUGAGUGUGUCGGGUUCUUGUCACGUGUGGCGGAACACUGGCUUGGAGCCCAUGCUAAUCUCAGGGUGUUUGCUUGUCCUCGAUGCCCUUACACAUCAGCUUGGUCCCGUUGUGUCAAAAUGCAUCUAACAAGACAGCACAAUGAACAAUUUGCUGACACUAACAUGUGGAAGGAAAAUGCAACGUUGAUAGAAGUUACUCGUCUCAUGCAAGAAUUGCGGAAUAAAGUGGAAAACAGGAUAGAUUCUAACAGUACUUUAGCUGAUAAACGUUUUUAUUGCCCUCACUGUCCUUAUGCCACUGAUCGUCGUGACCUCUACACAAGACACGAGAACAUCCAUAAGGAUGACAAACCCUUCCAUUGUUACCUUUGUUUCAAACAGUUCAAUAGAGCAGAUCAUGUAAAAAAACACUUUGUCCGGAUGCAUCCAGAAACAGAGUAUGAUAUUUCUAAAAUCCGCAAACAACCAGGAAGCGGACGUGGUGGUGGUGGUCAUUCUCCCCCUUCACCAAUAGCACCAGUAGCAUCAAUAGCACCAAUACCUCUGGAGAUCCCACCAACCCGUGUGGUGACACCCAUUGCUUCUUCACCACCUGUUGUGACUCCUCCAGUGCCGUCCCCACCCACUGCUACUCCUGCAGUAUCUGUGGCAGACUUGGCUCCCUUAAGUGCUCCUUCCACUCCUGGUGACUGCAGUCCAGCCUCUCCAGGAACUAUGAUGGGCAUGGGUUUGAGCAUGAUGUCGGGUGUGGAAAGCCCUGAACCUGGGCGUGGUCGGAGGCGUGGGGAACGGGCUUACACUUGUCCGUAUUGCCACUGGUCUGGCAGUGAUAAUUGGUGUCUUAAGCGACACAUGAACACCCACAUAAAGCCUUUUGCCUGUGUCAUGUGUGACUACAAAGCUGCAAGAGCUGAGCGUUUGUCAACUCACGUGUGGAAGGUCCAUAACAAAAGAAUCUGCAACAAGUGCAACUUCCUGGCUGAGACACAGGAGCGGCUACUGGAACACACACGUGAGGAACAUCACAACAACCCAUAUUCAAGGCGGUACAUCUGCUCAUCGUGUGGUCUCACCUUUGAUACCCGCCCAGCUCUGGAAACCCAUCAGCACCUUAGCCAUCCUCGUCUCACCAACUCCACCACUGCAGUUCCUCCCAUUCCAGCUGUGCAAGAUGUUGCACAUGAUUUGUCAGUUCGAAGUGAAAUAAACUGUACAUCUCCUCAAGCCUCAUCACCUCUUGUAUGUCCUGUGGAUGGCUGUGGCCACACUGUAGGCAGUGGUGGGGCUCUUGCAGAACAUGUGCGGGGUGAACAUGGAGGCGCUGGUGGCUCCUGCUGUCCCCACUGUGGCUACCAACUGACCCACGAUGAAUUAUCUAGGGACCAUUGGCUCACACACCACAACGAAGUAUGUGCUGCAUGUGUCCAUGUCUUCACUGCUGUGUAUGGACCACAACUUUGGAAGAAAGUACAUGUCCGCCCUGCCUCCCUUGAGAGUCCCUUAGAUGCUAUUGUCACCGGUCUCAAUCGUAAACGUACAGCUACUGAUAUUGGACCUAUUGUGCCAUCAGUGAUAACUCCUCUUGCUCUUAUAUCACCAUCUUCUAUCCCACAAAGAGAUUCUCCAUCCCCAGACUCUGACCAACAAGACACUGACAGUGAAAGAUUUAACAAAAGGUCAAGGAAGCAGAGUUGUCCAAAGAAAGUAAUUACGGUGGAACAGGCAGGAUCAAACAGUGGGUCUUCCUCAAAUUCAUUGCGCAGGCGUAGCUCACUUAGGACACGAUGUAGGGCAGUGCUCAAUCGUCCGGGGUUUACAAGUCGUCAGUGUCAUAGAUGCCCUCGCCGUCCGGUCUUUGCUUCUCGUGCCCGCCUACAAUUGCAUGUUAAGUGGAGUCAUGGCCGUCAUAAUGCUGGCCGUCGAUGCCAGCCACACAGGGACCAUCCCUUGCCUGUGCCUGCCACGGUCCAUUAGCAAGACAUUUCCUCAAUUAUCACAACGGGUAACCAACGACGUGUAUUUUCUGCAGUGUUGGUAGCUUUGCUGCCAUAAUCUGUCUAUACAUUAUAGACAGUUUUUAAAAAUUGCAUAAAACAUACAGCUCAUUAUCUGCUAAUGUGUGCAGAGAAACCCGAGUCUGCUGUUAUGUUGAUUUAUGUACUCUGUGCUUAGUUACCACAGUGUAGUACAUGAUAAUCCAUUUUGCAUGUGUUCUGGAAAGUUACAGCGACUCAUAAUUUAUUAAGGUAAUUCAUAUAUCCCUUUGAUUCCUGUCCAAGUGGUUGUAUUCAAUCUCACCUUUAUCCCUCCAGUUACAAUUCCAUUUUCUUGUCCCAAGAGGCAUAUCCACUAAGCAUGCCCCAGAGUCAUUGGUUUGGAGCUUUUAAGUACAAUUACCUCACAACAGUGUUUGUUUCAUUAAUAAGGAUGUAUUUUAACUUGCAAAUGAAGUAACCAUUGUUUGGGUGUGUGGGGGCAAGACUUAAGCUCACUUAUUCUAGUGUGUUUUACGAGUGAUUGGAGUGUGCUUGACAGACUUCCAUGGGUUGGAUUAGUCAAGAGAUUCUUGGUAACUGAAUGUACAUGAGAAAUUUGCAAGUGUCUCUUUUGUGAUUGUGUGAAUUUUGAGACCUGGUUGUGAAAUAGUAAAGUAACUCUCCCAAAGGUUGUGAAACAAUUAAUAAAUACUGUAGUACUCACAAGUGGCCAUUCUACUGAGUUGUAAGGAAACUUGGAAGACACUGGUUAGUGAUGUUCCCAAUGGGUGCUCAGCAUCCCUGGUAUCACGUUGGUAGGACCUCACUGAAGUUAAUGCUUGCUUCUAUUAGUAAUAUUAUUUUUACUAUUUACUUCAUAAUUUAUAAGCAACAUAACUGCAAAUCAUAUAGUAUACAUUUUACAUGUAUAGGAUUAGUGUUUUAGAGGUCAUGAAAAGGAAAUGAUUUUAUGAUAAUUUUUUGACAAUGAAAAUUGAACUAACAGAACAUGAACAAGUUGAUGCCAGGGCAUCCUAUGGGAGGUGGGUAAGUGGGGAAGGGAUAAAGUUCUCAUUGUUGGAUUUGGAACUCCAAGUCAUGUUUACAAGUCCAAUUCAAACCAAAGAUUUUGUUGAUUUAUUCUAGAAUUGUGACUCUGUUGUGCUUUGUUGUUAUGUUGCAACCUAAUGGAUUUCUGUGAUUAUUGUUAUGAAUGGAAUGUCUACUGAUUUGACCUUAUCUCACAGGUCAGGUUCGGCUAUGGUCUAUGUCUACUAAGCGUACUUAACCUCCCUUCUAUAAUAAUUUCUUGGAUUAGUAUACCAAGGAAAGUGUGCUUUUUAUUAUUUUGUGAUUUUUGUUGAACAGUUGUAGACUUGGCCUUCUAGUCAGACUGUUGCCAAAGUAUAAAUAUUUAAAAACCCAAUGAGCUAUGAUAUGCCCAGCCAGAAUGUAAUGAAUACUGACCAAAUGUCUUUGGUGCUAAUGAGCAAAUUGUCCAUUGUAGUUAUUUAUUUAAUACAUCCUGUACCCUUUCCAUUUACAUAAAACCUUCAGUGAUAAUGAAUAUUUAGAUUUUAUUCAAUAUUCUUUAAAGAAAAUUGUAAUAUUUCUCUAUUUGACUAAAUCCUAAAUCAAAAUGUUUCAGUCAGAAUAGCGUAUCGGGUUUCAAGUAACUCAGUGAGAAACAAAAUAUGUGCUCAAACCAACAGGUAUCGUGCCUAAAGCCAUUUUGUUAUCAGCCUUGUAAAUAACAUUUUGUGAUUGUGCAAAUAAUGAUUCUUCUUUCCAAACACAGCUCAGGAUUGCAGUUGUGAAUGAUUUUUGAUUACCUAAGCAAUGCAAAUUAUGCAGAGGAUGAUGCUUGAAAUUUUUUUAUUGUAAAAUUUUAAUGAAAUUAAAGAAAAUAUUGUUCUUUAAUUAAAUUACCAUACCUAAUAUGAUGUAGUAUUAAGCUUCCUCCUCUGUCAUGCUGGGGAUAUUAAGCACAUUGCAGAAUUUUCAUCUAGAAGAAAAUCUCAGUGAUGCAAAAAUGGUACCUGGAGUCACCUUGUAGCCUAUGUAGUGAAAUGGGCAAAGUUCACUGUUGGAUAGAUGUUUGGGUUAUUUUUAAAUAAUGAACGUAAAGUACAGUACUGUAGUCAUAAAUUAAAGUUCGUAAACAAAGAACAACAAAUACAAAGAAUUAAUAUGCUGUAUUAACAUUUGCUGGUCUUAUUGUGGAUAAAAUAUUAUAGAAAAAGAAAAUUCUUUGAAUUUAGACUAACACAUUAAUCUGCAUUUUAUCACACGUGAACAUAGCCCAAUUAGCAAGGUAUUAAUAACUUAUACGACAACGCUCACACUCAUGCGGGAUGUAACAUCGAAAGUUUCAAAUAUAAUCCUGUAUUGAAAUAAGUCGUCAUAUUCUGUAACUCAUCUUGUAUUAUAAGAAGUCAUGAUUCUCCCUUCCAUUAUUUAUAGUUGGUAUAAAAUAUACUGUACUGAUUGAAUGAUAAAUACCAUGUGGUUAUGUCAUUCUUUUGAGGAAAAGAUACUCCACCUAACAUACAAUAUGCACAUCUUUUGUCAAUUUAAAUUAAUACAAAAGUAUUUUCAAUUUGUAUAAUACUGUACAAGCUACUGACCAUAUUUAUAGGUAAAAGAAAAAGUAGCUUGAAAAUAGUAGUAAUUUAUUUUUAACUAAUUUUCUAUUUAAAUUUGGAAUAGAUAUGCAUAAUGUAGGUAACUGGAAGUACAACUUGGAUUUUUAUUCAGUCAAAGUUUCCAUCUUGAACUUGCUAAGUGACCCUUUGUUCAAACAAUGGGCCACUCCUUGUCAGGAAUUCUGAGGAAUUCCUUCUGUUCUAUGGAAUAUUAUUCCUCUUUGUUAUAUAAAGCUUCAUCUGGUGUAACGGGAAGUAAACACUGAUUUAUUCUUUACUUCUGCGUAAUCCACAAGACUGAAUCAAAUUGGUGUUUUUGUAAUACUAAAUUCCAAGGCUGUAUUUAUGUAUACCUGAAAACAGUGUUAAUUUACCAAAGCUAGAUGAAGCUUGAAGAUACAUUUCCUUGUAACCUGUUUCUGUGUUAACAUGUUUACACCAACCAUUCCCUUAAUGCCUUGGAUUACCUCUUACUAUUAUGUACUUUUUCAUACCAAUAAAGAAAAUUAUGAUAUAAAAA